AUGACUAGGAUUCUUAAUGGUACACGUUUCAUGUAUAUUGAGCCUCUACCAGCUGGAGAAAGUCUUCCAAAAUUCAAUUCAUGUGCAGGUCUUUGUUGUAAAAUAUUGCACUUUGGCCAGCCAAAGAACAGCCACAUACUUCUAUGCACAAACUGUUGGAAAACAGGUCAUACAAAAUCAAUAUGUAAGAACUAUUCUUGCUGCAAAGUAUGUCAGAAGCCUGGUCAUUUACCGGGACAAAAAGAAUGUCCACACUAUGAAAUCCAGAAGCAUAUAGCUCCAUUCAGCGGAUCACAAGACGUUCUGUCUAAUUUUUACCCAUGCAAAUUGGAUAUCUACGGCGUCAAACAUAAAUCCGCCGAACAUGCGUUUCAAUACACCAAAGCGAUUCGUUGUGGUGAUUUAGAUGCUGCGAGUGAAAUAACAGCUGCGGAAGACGCUCUUUCAGCUAUGCGACUCGGGAAAAAAAUUAAAACGAACGAACAAUUGAACGCCACUAAGGAGGCAGUGAUGGAAGAAAUUAUUGAAAAUAAAAGCGUGCAAGUAAAACUGUUUCAAGAAAAAAUACGAUCUGCUAAACAAUCUACCACGUUCGUAGAAACCACCUACAACGACGAAUGGGGCUCCGGUCUGGAUAGGACAGGGACAAUCAACACAAAACACGAUAAAUGGCCUGGUAAGAACACCUUAGGAACGAUCAUUAAAAAAGUGGCGAAAAAAGUUCGCAAAAGAAAAUUAAGUGAUAACGCACCGAAAGCACAAAAACAAAGCCGCGAACAAGCAAGGCAACAAAACAUCGUUGACAUGUUGAAAACAUUGCGUGCGGCAUCAGACAGUGAUGCAUCUAGCUGCAAUCCCGACUCCGAGAGUUCGGAAUCGGAGGGUGAGACCUAG